AUGGCUGUGAGGGACGCGGCGGCAGGCCCUCUCGGGCCUGGGAGGGACGAGGAGACGGCGCUGUUCUUCGAGAGGGCCCAUUACAGGCAUGACCCAUGCUGGCUACUGCCCGUGCCCCCACGCCUCUGUCUGGCCUGCCUGCUGGAGCUGCUGCCGGAGCCCUGCGUAUCGUUGGUGCGCAAGAAGCACGUGCUGUCCUGCUUCCGAGAUGCUCUCUUGAGGCAUGCCUCCCUGGUCAUGCAGUUGGUGGCUCAGGAUCAGAGAAUCUGUAUCCACUUCGUAAGCAUGCUUUUCGGGCUGUUAUGCAAUGUGGAAGGUGGGAGUGUAACAGACCUCUGUAUUGAAGUCCUCAUCCAGCUUACAACUCAGCUGAAGUUAGAGCACAUCAUACAUUGCCUGCUGGAUGAGUGCCACAAAGAGCUGUGUAACAUGCCCUCCAUGAGAGGCAGCCUGGCCACCCUGACCCUUCUCGGCAAGUUGGUGGAUGCCAUCCCUCCCCUGGCAGACAAACUUGUAAUGGAGCACAGUGACCUGAUGGAGCAUCUGUUGAGAGGUUUAGUGUACCCCAGUGAGGGGGUGCAAGCUUCUGUCUGUUACCUCUAUGGGAAGCUGUACUCCUCACCAGUGGCCGCUGAGACGCUUUCAGGCCAUUUCCGGGAGAAGCUGUGUCCUCUCUUCCUUUCCACCCUGGAUGGUGCCCAGACAAAGGAGCUACAGAUCAACUGUUUGGGUUUGCUGAGGCAGCUGCUGAAGUAUGAUCUCUUUGUGUCCGUGAUCAUGAACAAGUCUGCAAUGGCGGAAAGUACUGAGGGUGUUGAGGGGCCACCAGAAAAGACCUCAUUGCCUUUGGUGCUCAAAAAGCUUCUCCUCUCUAGAGACGAGACUCUGCAGGUGGCCAGUACCCACUGUAUAACUGCAGUGCUGGUCCACUCCCCAGUGAAGCAUGCCCCGGCCUUCAUCCAUGCCGACAUCCCAGAGUUCCUCUUUGAGCACCUUUCCUCUUCCAGCGAAGUGCUUGUCUGGUCCAGCUACAGCUGCUUGAUACUCCUGGCAGAAGAGCCACUCUUUUUUUCCAAGUGCCACACGGUGUACGGGAUCGAGUCAGUUGUGAGGAGCCUACAGGGAAGCCUGAGGAUGAACAACACAGAACUCCACAAGCAGGGCCUGCUGCUUUUUGCUGAGAUCCUGACUCGGCAGCCAGAGGAGAUCAAGCUGUUCACAAGCUCAGACAUGUGUAGAGAUGCUGGCCGUGCUCUCCAAGAAGCAGUAAGCAGCCCUGUGCUGGAAGUGGCUGCUGAGGCAGUGAAGGCCAUUUCUGCCUUUCUGAGGUGA